UAUCCAUUGAGGACAUCAGUCUGUCCAUUUCAAGCCACAAUGAACUACCCAAUGUGGGUUGCUUCCUUGUGUGUUUUUUGUCUGUAUGUUUGCCGGAGCAGUGAGCUGAAUGGAAAGGAGGACUUCAUGCUUAUUGCGGGGCCUCUGACAAAGCAGCUGGUGAGAAGCUCAGGAAGUGCAGUGAAUGAUGCAUUUGACUGCAGUCAUCCCAUGCCUCCAGGCUCUAGACAGUACUUUAAGUAUCUCCAGGACAGAGGGCUGACCAGCUUCAAAGUGCCGCUCUCAUGGGCUCAACUCCUGCCUACAGGCCUCCCCAGCCAACCGCAGCAGGCUGUGGUUACCUGUUACCAGACCCUGCUUAAACAGCUGCUGGAGGUGGGCCUUCAGCCUCUGGUUAUCCUUCAUGGAUCCACAGUGCCAGACACUCUGAGAUCAAGGUAUGGAGGCUGGGAGAGCCAGGAGCUGGGAAAGAUGUUUCAGCAGUAUGCAGAGUUUGCCUUCCAGGAGUUUGGAGAGCUGGUGCACUCAUGGGUGACCCUGAGUGACUUAGAUGAUGUUUGGCAUGACGGGCAGCCUUUAGGUGCUCCCGGUCCUUUGCAAAAUGUCCUCCAGCUCAACAAGAACAUUUACCAGCUCUACCAUCAACGGUUUCCUGACAAAGGGAGACGUUUGUCAAUCGGGUUGAGAGCCAACGACGUUGAAAUUCUUCCCCAGAUCAAAGAUUCAACUACAAUGGACUUCUUGUCAGUGCACAUUGAAUAUAAUUGUGCCUCUGCAACAAACUUUGCAAAGGAGCUGAGCAUCUUACAGAUGUCCAGCGGGGACUUGCCUAUCCUGAUAUACAAGAUGACUGUUCAUGGUUGUCAAUACAAUGAGUACCAGCUUCUUGGCAAUUUCGUCCAAGCCUUAUUAAACAAUAAGGACUUGAAUAUUGUGGGAUGUGACAUAAUGGAUAUGUUGGGUAUGCUGGAAGUGGAGGACUACCCAACCAGUCAUGACAUUUCACACUACAAUGAAAUUAAAACAUUUAGAAACGGUUAUCAGACUGUGUGGAAUAAGUUUGGGGCCCAGUCCACAACAGAACGAGAUCUUUUCCUCAAUGGAUCGUUCCCUUCUGGCUUCCAAUGGGCCACCUCUAGCGAAUCCUUCAAGGUUGAGGGAGGCUGGGUAGAAGAUGGUAAGGGAGAGACCAUUUGGGACCGUUUUGGUCAUGACGGCCAAGCCUUUGAAAAUCAAACAGCUGAUCUAGCUUGUGACAGUUAUCACAAGGUGGAUUACGAUGUCUACCUCCUGCGAGGCCUUCAUGUCAACACCUACCAGUUUUCGAUCUCCUGGGCCCGUAUUUUCCCCUCAGGACACCGGGGCAGCCAAUCAGAGAAAGGGACGCACUACUAUGACAAGCUGAUCAAUGCUCUCAUUGAGUCUGAAAUACAACCUGUUGUCACUCUCUACCACUUGGAUCUACCCCAGGCACUCCAGGACUAUGGUGGAUGGACCAACGUUUCCAUUGUUGAAGCCUUCAAGGACUACGCAGACUUCUGCUUCUCCAGGUUUGGAGACAGGGUCAAGACCUGGAACACAUUCAGUAGCCCCUGGGUGGUGAGCCAUGCUGGGUAUGGCAUUGGUGACCAUCCCCCUGGAUUAAAAGACUAUGUGGUUGCCUCGUAUCAGGUCACUCACAAUAUGCUCAAGUCCCAUGCUGAGGCCUUUCACGUCUACAAUGACAAGUACAGGACGACACAAGGAGGGAAGGUAGGCAUUGCAUUGAACUCUGACUGGGCUGAGCCCAUGGACCCUUCCAGACCUGAAGACGUAGCAGCUGCAGAUCGCUACCUGCAGUUCAUGCUAGGCUGGUUUGCACAUCCCAUUUUUGUAAAUGGAGAUUAUCCAGCAACACUCAAGACUCAGAUUGAACAGAAAAGAAAUGAGUGUCCCCUCUCUGAGCCUGUAAGACUUCCAGUUUUCACUACUGAAGAGAGCCAGAGGAUAAGUGGAACAGCUGACUUUUUGGGGUUAAACCACUUUACCUCCCGGUUGGUCAACAACAGUGUUGGUGGCUGCACCCCUGGUCCUCAGGGAGUAGGCGACUUCCAGGCACAUGUGGACCCAUCAUGGUCAUCUACAGCUUCUGACUGGAUCUAUUCUGCACCUUGGGGACUUAGAAGGCUUCUAAACUACAUUUCCACUGAAUACUUGAAUGUUACCAAAGUGCCCAUCCACAUUACUGGGAAUGGUAUGCCAACUGAGUACAGUGGAGACACUCUCAAUGACACCAAUAGGAUAGAGUACAUGAACAGUUACAUCAAUGAGGCCCUAAAAGCAAUUACCUUAGAUGGAGUGGAUGUGCAGCAAUUCACAGUGCAGUCACUCAUGGAUGGAUUUGAAGGAAAACAAGGCUACAGCCAAAGAUUUGGUCUUCACCGUGUAAAUUUUGAAGAUGCUGACAGACCAAGAACCCCAAAACAAUCGGCAUAUUUCUACUCUGAGGUCAUCAAGCGAAACGGAUUUGGGUCACUAAAAGGGGAUGUUUUUAAAGGGGCAGGGAUACAACUUACACGCCAGCCAACUGCUUUACCACCCUCAGAGGUUCCGUCUAAAUCAAAGGUUGUCUGGGAGAAAUUCUCACAACAGUCUAACUUCCAGAGAAAGCUGUACCACUACGGCACUUUCGCACAAGGCUUCAGUUGGGGAGUAUCAUCUUCUGCUUACCAGAUCGAAGGUGGCUGGAAUGCUGAUGGGAAGGGGCCUAGCAUCUGGGAUACAUUCACCCAAAAACCUGGCAGUGUUCUUGCUAAUGGAGAUGUGGCCAGUGACAGCUACCACAGACUGGAUGAAGACUUCUACAUGCUGCGAGCUCUGAGGGUAAAGUCGUACAGAUUCUCUUUGUCCUGGUCCAGGAUCUUUCCUGAUGGUCGGCGCACCUCCCUGAACCAGAAAGGUGUUGACUACUACAAUAGAAUAAUUGAUGGCCUCUUAGAAUACAACAUCACUCCCAUGGUGACAAUCUACCACUGGGACCUUCCUCAAGCUUUACAAGACCUCGGUGGCUGGGACAAUGUAGAGAUGAUUAAUAUAUUUAACGACUUUUGUGACUUCUGCUUUGCCACCUUUGGAAACAGAGUGAAAUUUUGGAUGACCUUCAACCAGCCUCACACAAUUGCUUGGUCAGGAUAUGGACUUGGACAGUUCCCACCAAAUGUUAAGAAUCCAGGAAUUGCACCAUACAGAGUUGCACACAACCUUAUAAAAGCACACGCCAAGGCUUACCACACAUACGAUGAUAAGUAUCGCAAAUCCCAAGGCGGUCUAGUAUCUAUUGCCCUCAAUGCUGAUUGGAUUGAACCUAAAGAUGUUCAUGUUCCACGUGAAGUGGUGGCUGCUGACCGCGCUCUGCAGUUCCAACUGGGCUGGUUUGCACACCCCAUUUUCAAGAAUGGUGACUAUCCUGAUGCAAUGAAGUGGCAAGUUGGAAACAAAAGUGAACUCCAGGGUCUUACAGUGACAAGACUGCCUUCCUUCACUGAAGAAGAAAAGACCUUCAUCAAAGGAACUGCUGAUGUGUUUUGUGUAAAUCAUUACACUACAAAGAAAGUAAGUCAUGCUACAUUGAGGCUUGCACCUCAAUCUUAUGAAUAUGACCGGGACUUGUCAGAAGCUGAGGAAGGUGAUUCGCCGACUACUGCCAUCAGUAACCAGAGAGCUGUAGCAUGGGGCUUGAGAAGACUCCUCAACUGGAUCAAAGAGGAGUAUGGAGAUCCAGAUAUUUACAUAACGGAGAAUGGAGUUGCGACAGACUCAAAGACAACUUGGGAUGACUCUGCCAGAGUAUUUUAUUACAAAACCUACGUUGAUGAGGCUCUGAAAGCCUAUGAGCUUGAUGGUGUGAAGGUGAAAGGAUACAUAGCAACGUCUUUGAUGGAUUCUUUUGAGUGGCUCAAUGGGUACAAAGUUGGAUUUGGGCUGCACCAUGUGGACUUCACUAACCCAAACCGGCCAAGAACACCCAAGUACUCAGCUCAUUUUUACUACCAAGUCAUAAAGGACAAUGGUUUCCCUAUACCUGAUGAUGAGAAGCAACUUUAUGGACAUUUCCGCAAAGACUUUAUAUGGAGUACUGCAACGGCAUCAUACCAGAUUGAAGGGGGGUGGAGAGCAGAUGGAAAAGGACUUAGCAUCUGGGACAAGUUUGCUCACACUCCUCUCCGAGUGUACAAUGAUGACAAUGGUGACAUAGCCUGCGACAGUUACAAUAAAGUAGAAGAGGAUGUUGCUAUAUUGAAGCAACUUAAGGUGACCCAUUACCGUUUCUCUAUAUCCUGGCCGAGGGUGCUUCCUGAUGGCACCACCAAGCACAUCAAUGAGGCUGGACUCAACUACUACCACAGAUUGGUGGACGCAUUGCUCAUAGCAAACAUCCAACCCCAUAUCACUCUCUACCACUGGGACCUUCCACAAGCUCUGCAGGAUGUUGGUGGCUGGGAGAAUGAGACUAUUGUUGUCAAAUUCAGGGAUUAUGCUGACCUCAUCUUUAGCCGUCUUGGCCACAAAGUGAAAUUUUGGAUCACUAUUAAUGAGCCAUACAAUGUAGCCAAUAUAGGCCAUGGCUAUGGAGCAGCUGCCCCAGGGAUCAGUUUCCGACCAGGCACUCUGCCCUACAUUGUGGGUCACAACCUACUUAAAGCUCACGCUGAGGCCUGGCAUCUCUACAAUGACACGUACCGGGCCAAACAGAAAGGAAUUAUCUCUAUCACCAUCAACUCUGACUGGUCAGAACCCAGAAAUCCCUAUAAGCAGGAGGACAUUGAUGCUGCAAGACGUGUGGUGCAGUUCUACAUUGGCUGGUUUGCCCACCCCGUUUUUAAUGGGGACUACAGCAACAUGAUGAAGACAAUCAUUCGAGAGCGAAGCUUAGCUGCAGGGCUUUCUAAAUCUCGGCUGCCUGAGUUCACUCCUGAGGAGAUUAAGAGGAUUAAGGGUACCUAUGAUUAUUUUGGGUUCAACCAUUACACCACUGUCUUGGCAUUCCCUGUGAACUAUGGAAACCUUCAGCACUAUGAUGCUGACAGGGGUGCAGGAACAAUAGCUGAUCGUACCUGGCUGGAUUCAGGCUCAUCCUGGCUGAAGGUCUCUCCAUUUGGAUUCCGAAGGAUAUUAAAUUUCAUUAAGAAAGAGUAUGGAAAUCCACGUAUUAUCAUCACAGAAAAUGGCAUUUCAGAGCGGGGACCUAUUGACCUUAAUGAUAUUCAUAGGAGCCACUACUUUGAAAAAUACAUCAACCAGGUGCUGAAAGCAUACUUGCUAGAUAACGUGGAUAUCGGUGGUUACACAGCUUGGUCACUGAUGGACAACCUAGAGUGGGCCACUGGCUUUUCGGAGAGAUUUGGCCUUUUCUACGUUAAUCACUCAAACCCUAAACUGCCUCGAGUUGCCAAGACUUCUGUCACCCUCUACUCCACCAUCAUCAACUGCAACGGAUUCCCCGACCCCGCCACGGGACCCCAUGAGUGCUUGAACUCUGUGGCUGAACCAACGAGCGCACCGAUCACACCCCCUCCCAACACCGUGAGCUUCCUGGGUAUGAAGCUCUCUACCAGUGAUGCCCAGAUCGGACUUACCACCACAUUUGCUCUACUGACCGUUGCAGCGUUGGGAGCUAUUUGUUUAUCUUUUUUCCUUUAUAAGGCAAAGAAAACAAACCAUUUUAACUUUAGAAGAAGAUAUUGAUGGAAUGUGGAAGUGGAGUGGAAAUUCUAAUUGAAAAUAUCAAGGG